AUGAAGAUAGACUUAGAACUGAUUAAAAAAAAAAGCGAACACAAUGAAGGUCUAAUGGAGGAUUUAGAAGAAAUAUCUCUUCAUCAAUUGCAAAUAAAAAAAAUCGAAUUUAUUAAUAUACAUUGUAAAAAUUUAAAAAUACUAUUGUUACAAAAUAAUUUAAUUGAAAAAAUUGAAAACUUAAAUCAACUCAAGAAGUUAGAAUAUUUAAAUCUAGCCAUUAAUAAUAUUACUGUCAUUGAAAAUUUGGAAAAAUGUGAAUCAUUGAAAAAGCUCGAUUUAACACUAAAUUUUAUCGACCUUGAUACAAUCGAAGAAUCCAUAAAAAACUUACAAAAAAACGAAAACUUAAAAGAAUUCUAUAUAAUGGGCAACCCAUGCUCAAAUUGGAUAUACCUAAAAUAUUAUAUCAUCUUUCAUAUUGAACAAUUACAAGUUUUAGAUGGUUGCGAUAUAUUAAUAUCUGAUCGAAUUAAAUCUAAACAAUGUUUUGAACAAGUGUUAGUAUCACUAAAACAAGAAAUACAAAUUAACAAAUCCAAAGGAAAUGAAAAAAAUAAUUUUUAUUCCAUUAAUAAUAGGAAACAAAUUUAUGAAGAAAUAGAAAAAGAGGAAAUGGAAGCAAACAAAUGUAAAAAUGAAAAUAAUGAAAAAAAAAAAAAAAAGGAAAAAAAAGAAUUAUCUAUUUAUAAUGAAGAAGGGGAAAUACGACAAUGCAAUGAAGGACAUUACAAAUUCAUGUUUGACGAAUAUUCCAAUAAAAAAUAUUCCUUUCUUAAAUUAUAUUUACCAAAAUAUCUGUGCAAUUCUUUAAUUCAAAUAGAUCUAAAUAUAUGUUAUGUAAGAUGUAUAAUUAAAGACAAACUUUUCCAAAUAAAAUUAAAUGAUCCUAUUCUAACUGACUUGAGUAAAAUAUCCAGAAAAAAAUACACAGGAGAAUUAUUUAUUAAAAUGAGAAAACAAAGUUAUCAAAAAAAUAAAAUUGUUACAAAGGAAUACUCCAAAGAUGAAAAUGUAUAUAGUUAUGAUAAUCCUACUAACUUACAACAAUCAUUUUUAUUAUCAUCUACAAUGUGUACACCUGAUUGUUCCUCGAAAUCUCAAUCGUCAUCUUCAUCGUUAUCUUCAUCGUCAUCCACUUCCUCUUCUUUUUUUAAUGACCAAUAUACUUAUAUGGUAAAAAACAAAAACAUGAACAAAAAAAAAAAAAAUUUUAAGUCCAAUUUGUCUCUUCCACACAAAAAAAAUAUUCCCUUCUUUUUGGAAGAAAAGCAAAUCAAAUAUUUUUCAAACUACCUUAAUCAAAUCCCAACUCUGGAAAAAAUUUCUAAGAGAAACACAUAA